AUGGAGCGGUUGAAAUCUAUGUCUGGUGGCGGUUCGAGCUUGGAGCCGAUAUUGCGAGGUUUUCAUGAUGCAGGAUUUCAGGCGCUGGUUCAGCAGUUCGCGGCUGAAAGGGCGCUGCAUUUUCAAACAACAUGCCCAGAUGGUUCGCAACCAUUGAUCUGGACGCAGUAUUUCAACGAGUAUCGCGAGCUUUUUGAGAGCCAUUUGCGACACAUAUUGCACGGCCUUGGAAUGACCGAAGAUACGUUCCAUGAGUUGUGUGGAUACUUGCAGGAGAUAGAGGAGAAUUUGGGUGAUGAUUCCGAAAAUCUUUACGGCUACAUCAAGGCCAUUACAUCAUCUGAAGAUUAUGAUGCUUUUCUACAGCUGAUGUUUGCAGAGGUGCAGCGGCAGCAGCAACAAGCUGGAGCUGGCCCAGGAACAUCGCAGGAAAUCGAAGUGGUCGUUCCCGAGGGGAUGGGCUCUGGGGAGAUUCUUCCGGUCGAUUACUUGGGCGCCCGCUAUGAUCUCAUCAUCCCGGACGGGUACACAGCAGGUAUGACUUUCCGCACCAGCAUUCUUAUUUGA